GUAAAUUAAGAAGGGUGUUUUCCUUUCUGCUAAUUGGUUGCAUUUUAAUUUAGCCUUUCGUUAAAUCAUGUUUCUGUUUGUAGUUUACAAUGUAGAUAUCUGCAGUUGCAUCGCCAUUGAUGAUAAGAAUAAUAAAAAAAACAAACAUUUCAAUGGAAUCAGUUAUUCAAUUUCUUGAUUAAAAGGAGGGUCCGGGUUUUGAGACAAAGAAAAGAACCCAGAUUUUGGAACGGAAGAAAACAUUGCAAUAAUGCUUUUGAGAAUCCAGUUUUUAAUGUGAUGUAAGUGAUUGGUUUGUACCGAUUUAUGUUAUUGUUUGGAGCAGAGAGCAGCAAUGUUUCUUCAUAAACCCGAAACUGCAAUCCCAGUGUUCAGACCAGACACUGAAGAUUCGCCAUUUCGAGCAUACAUGACGACGCAGUUGCCGGAAGGGUUGUGGACAACCGGUCUUUGCGAGUGUUACGGAGAUGUUCCUAAUUGUAAUCGAAAAAGGAAUUCGUAAAAUCUCUUUAUUCCUUUUUUUUUUUUUUUAAAUUUAUCUUCUGUAUUUAAUGUCUGGGUUGUAUUUGGUUUGUUGAAGGUUUGUUUACAAGUAUAUGUCCGUGCAUCACCAUGGGACGCAAUUCCGAGAUUAUCAAUAGAGGAGAAAUAUGUAAGCCAACUCUUGUUUCUAUCAAAUUUGGUUCUGGUGUAAUUUUACUUUAGUUCGAUAAUUAGCAGAUUGAGUUGGAAUUUCAAAGUGUUGAUGCAAUAAUCUAAUAUGCGAUCAUUUUCCUUAUUAUAAGUUGCAUGAGCAGCCUGCAGAUCGGCCAGCCUCCUCCACCUUGCUACAGGGGUUGUGCUUUUCGGAUGGAUAUUUGGGUCGAAAAACCGGACCAAGUUGAGGCAACAUUUUUCAUUGCCAGAGUCACCCUUACCAGAUUGGUGCGCUCACCUGUUGUGCAUGUGGUGCACUCUUUGUCAAGAACACCGCGAACUCCGAACCCGCGGAGCCGACCCCUCCUUAGGUAAAUGAUAUAAUAUCAAGAUUGGAAGAUUUCAACCCUAUUCUUUGAAUCAGGGAUCAUAAACCAAUCACCACAAAUCCUAAUUGUUUUGAACAAAUUGAUGCAGAAUUAGAUCUAAAUUAAUUGUGGAUGCAAUUGUAUCCCAAAACCUUAUCAAUUAUAUAAGUUGUAUUUUUUGUUUAAUAGGAUGGGAGGGCAAUUUGUCUAAGUGGCUUAAAGAUGGACUCACUCCUCCAAUUGUGGUACCACGCAUGGUAACGUCAACAUUAAAAAUAAUUGAUUAAUUUAGUAUCAUGAGUUAAAUAAAUGAAUUUAUCAAAAUAAAUUAAAUUAAACAUCUUUAUUUUAGAUCUAUUAAUGGAACUUCCUAAUCACUGCUAUGUUUUGUUGUGCGUGGUUUUUCAAACAAAAAAUAUUAUAUGCAUUUCCAUGUAUUUAGUAUAUAUGGUUUUGGUUGUUUUUAUAUUAAGGAGACCGAAGCUUGAAAAUAAGAGAGGAGAUUGAAGAUAUUGAGAUUCAACUUCAAAUGUGUUGAAUGCCAGAGCAGCUACUAAAGCAGUUGGUGUAAACUAUAAAUUUGUAUAUGUAUAUUAUUUUUAUAAAUCUCAAACAAGUUGAGCUUGUAAGAGACUAUAAAUCCUCGUUUUGUACCUUCAUCUUCAUCCAAUCCAUUAUUUUGUGGUUUUUAACUUAUAUGCAUUAUUUUCUUCCUUGUAAAGGGGUAGGUUAAUAGGGGUUGAUCGACUUUGGGGUCCCAAAUCUUCAGGUUUUUAUGGUCUAACCACUCAACUGAUAAGCAAUCUAGUCUACUUAACCUGCUGGUAUUUUGAUACCCUUAUUUAUUGUUUACCUCUAAUUUUAAGCAAUAAAAAAUGAAUCCCAUACACAAUGUAUGAACCUAAACUCAUUUUUUCAGUAAAAAAAAUGGAUGUUUCUGAAAGAGAAAUGCUUGAAAAAUAAAGGUCCAAGUUGUUAUUCUAAUCCACUUUGUUCAACAAACCAAUCCUUGAAUAUUAAAUAAAAUAAAAUAAAGGCAAUAAAGAGACAGACACGAACUAAUGUACAAAAAGAGAGACAAUUUGGUGGAGACAAUUCAAGUGGUCUUUGGACCUCAAAAACAUAUAUUGACCCUAAACAAUGUAGUUUAUCCUCCAGGUUCUACUUUAAAUGUCCCACCCAUGGAAAUGGGAAACCAACCUUUUCCACUUCCUAAGUUUUUCUUAUUACCAUGGACAUGAACAAAGACGACCACGUUUAUGAACAUGACGAGAUUGAUGAAGAUGAUGUUUUCUUUGCUGAUAUUCAAAGACAGAUUCUACUUUUAACAGCAGAUGACGACGAUCAUCAAGCUGCCGGAGCUGGUGUUAACAAACCGGGAUCAAGAAGAAAAGCUGUUGAGAAUCUCUCUUCUUCCUUCCACCAUGGAUGGUAUUUCAGCUGUCCAGAAACCGACUCAGUACCAACUUGGCUUGCUAAUCUAUGGAGAACUGGCAAUGGAACGGGUGUAUUCAUUCCCCACAUCACCAAAUCUACAAGACGCCACAGACCAGGAAGGAAGGAUAGGCGAAAAGUUUACAGGCCAGUGGAGACCAAACAUUAAUGAACAAUCCAGAUGCAAAAUCAACUGCCUGGGAGUUCAACAUCGUGGUUCAAAAUGUCUUGUUUCUUGUAAAAACUUUUGUGGAUCAUUUCCAUCAUUGAUUACAUUAGACAUUGUAAUAUAGGGAUAUAGCCAAUUCAGAGAAAAAUUGAUGCUAA